GCUGACAUCGCCCUCGGCGGCACACGACACGUCGGGCGCCCUGUCGCUGCGCGAGGCGCCGCGCCCGGCCGGCGCCGACACGGCCGACAGCGAGGGCGACAGCCUGGAGAGUCCCAUGGAGCUGUGCGAGGACGACGAGCUGAUGGGGGCGUUCAUUGAACAGGAGGUGCAGCGGCGGGUCAGCGAACAGCUGGUGCUUCAGGAGCAGCGGCUGCGCGCAGAGCGCGCCCACCAGCAGCUGCUGAACGAGCGCCAGCUGGCGCGGCUGCACUUCAGCCACCAGCGGCAGAUCCGCAAGCUCAAGAGCGCUCUCAGCUCGGUGUACGCUAGCGUGCCGGCUCUCACCGAACAGCUGGCGCCCGACAUGCUGCUGGCCGACGACCGCGCCGCCAGCUCACCGCGACUUGCUGGGGGCGAGUCGUCGCCGUCGCCGGCCACCGCGGUCGCCGUGCCGCGUUUCCUGUUGCGGGGCGUGGGCCGUGACGCCCACUUCGAGUACGAGGUGCGCGUGACCGUGCCGGGCGAGCGGUACACCAUCUACCGGCGAUACCAGCGCUUCCGCGACCUGCAGAAGUACACUGUGCAGCGGUACGGUGAGCCGGCCAGCGCCGCCCGUCUGCCGCCCGCCCGCCUCUUCGGCCGCACAUCGGAGGCGCUGGCCACGGAGCGGCGCGGACAGCUGGAGGAGUACUUGCGCCAGCUGUUGGAGCGGUGCGCGACCCUGCCCGGCUGUCCUCUGAACCAGGGCCUGUCACGGCGCUCGCUGGCCGACUUCGCGCCGUUCUUCCAGCGAGGCGUGUUCGAGUUCACGCGCGCCAUGACCUCGUGACCGGGCUGGCAGCUGCCCUGCCGGACUUCCCGCCCGCCCACCGCGUGCCUUAUUUAUUGUGUGUGAGUGCUGUGCGAUGGAAUGGUUUAUCAUGUCAUUGGGCGUGAAUUGUGAGAUCUGAUCCAGGAUAGCUGUAAUGUGUUGUGACAUUGCAUUGGAAGCAAGGGGUUGACGUUAUUACGCACAUUUGGCAUUGAAACGCUUUCUGUAGUGUGUGCUGAGGUUUAUUGCGUGUGGUUUGGGCGGGGUUUUCUGCUGGGUUUGUGUUGUCCGUCCACGACCUGCAUGCAACGGGUAAGCGUUAUUAGAUGUAAAACAAACUAAGUAUUUAUACAUUAUUUAGCAUAGAGUUAGAUAGAGAUGCAAACUUUUCGCUUUAUUAACGGGCAUUCGCUUCAAAGGAGGAAAUAGGUUGAAAUCAAACAAAGCCUGCAUAUUUAAUAUCAGCUGCUUACAUCAUCCAGAUGUGUACGAUCUGCUGUGAAGGUCUGCUGUUAUCGGCCCACGUCGGUAGAUGGUCGCGUGUGGCCGGCACCCGCGGGCAGACCACCCGGGAUGGUCCUGCCUGGCCGGCUCUCCGGGACCGCUACCGGCCGGCGGCAGCGUCCGCCCACCGUCGGUAGGGAAGCGCUUCAGGCCAGGGAGGGUCGGGCUGUCUUGGCACAGGAUAGACGCCGUGCGAGGCCAUGUUAGUUUGGGCUGUCUUGGCACAGGAUAGACGCCGUGCGAGGCCAUGUUAGUCUCCCAUCGCGUGAAAAACAGGUCGAACACCCGUUGCUUUAUAAUGUGAGCUUAUGUGAUUGCACUGCGUUUAGUGUAGACCCGCGAGACAGGUACGUCAAAUGAUGGUUGGUGUGCCCACCGUCUAUCACUCACCGCUUUAAUUUGAGCCAUUAGGAUGUGUUUGCUGUC